GCCUUCUCUGGCCAAAAAGAAAAAGAAAGAAACUGAGGGAGAUGCCUUCGAAAUCUAAGCUGUAAUGCAAGCACCCAGCAGGAGGCAGUUUUCUAUGUGACUAAGUCAGAAAAUCAAUAAUAUGAAGGCAGUUACGGAAUGUUGUCAACUGGUUUCAGGUGUUAAAUCUAGAGCUCAGCGAUGUUUGUUUAUCCUGAAUAUUUUGAGUGUUUCCAGAAUCCUAAAUAAAUCUUUCAGCAAAACAUUAUAACUUGUAACUGGCCAAACUUUCCAUCUCACGUGUGCAUGUCCUGGCUCCUGUUUUUACACGGAAAUGAUGCAUUAUCCAAGCGUAAUGAGUGAGUUUUUCAUCACCCAUGCAAGACCGCCUUAAAUAUGCUUAAACCAAUGCCAACGGGGUGGACUGGUUAAACCUACCAGCCUGUACUGUCACAGUGGAGGUGACCAACAGUGGGAUAACAACCAACAACAUUGCAUAUUAUAGAUCUGUCACACGCUUGCUAGUAAUAUAGCAAAUGACAAGUUUGCAGACUUGUCACUGAUAAUUAUCAGCGCCGACGGUGUAUUUUCACCGAAGACAAACAUCGAGCUCUUAAAGCGGCAAAAUCCCCCCCGACGCCUGAGACAUCACCAGCCACGGUUGUCGUCGAGUCGCAGUCUGCAGCACCAUGUCCCGCGAGGAAUCCUAUUGCGCCCUGAUGCAGGGCGUGGACCAGCUUGACUUCAAGGGGCUGCCCAUACCCAACGACCUGGCGCUGAUGGGAGACGACGCCUUCCCCCUGGCCAUGAACCCCCGGGGGCAGGUCCUGAUGGCGGCCUCCACCUACGGCAAGGGCCGGCUGGUGGUGCUGGGCCACGAGGCCAUGCUCACCGCCUUCCCCGUCGUGGUGGAGAACGCCCUGGUGUGGCUGAAUCCCACCUCCGACUCCGCGGUGGCCGUCCACCCGUCCUGCGAGGCCAUGCUGGCCAACCUCUGCUACACCAGCAUCCUGGCGGAGACGGGCUGCUACCGCGAGGGGCUGGGCGUGUACGUCACCAACGCCUACACCAUGGGCGAGAUCGACAAGGACCUGGUGGCCUUCCUGAAGGGAGGGGGCGGUCUGCUGGUGGCCGGACAGGCCUGGAAAUGGGCGAAGGAGAACCCCAAGGAAAACGCCCUGACGGGUUUCCCGGGCAACAAGGUCUCCAGCGUGGCGGGGAUUUACUUCACCGAGCUGAAGGGGGAGCUGGGUGUGUUCCCCGUGCCCCCGCAGAUACCCUCCAGCUGGCUGGCAGCGUCAAUAGACAAAGACUUUGAGGAUGAUAUGGAGUUCCUGCUGAAGGGGGUGACCGAGUUCAACAUCACGGGCGGGGCGACUCCCUCUGAGGUCAUGGUUCACGGGCCCCUGGCGUUCCCCAUCGCCACAGACGAUGCCGCCCGGGCCUUCUUCGCCGGCGCCUACUACGGGCAGGGGCGCAUCAUCGUCACCACCCACGAGGGCUACCUGGGCAACCAAAACCUGGUCCCGUUCCUGCUCAACGUCAUUCGCUGGCUGGACGAGGGCCGCAAUGGCGAGGUGGGCGUCCAGCCCCGGCUGACCGGCGCCCACGCCCUGCUCAGCACGUCGGGCCUGACCUGCACCAAGACCGACUUCCGGGACAACCUGAGCGUGUACGUGUGCACCUCGUACAGCGACCAGCAGGCCGCCGAAAUCCAGGAGUUCGUGGCGGAGGGCGGGGGGCUCUUCAUCGGCGGCCACGGCUGGAACUGGGCGCAGAAGAACCGGGGCCUCAACGUCCUGACCGACUACCCCGGCAACCGCAUCCUGAACAAGCUGGGCUUCAGCAUCCUGGGGAACACGCUGAGGCCGGGCACGUACAAGGCGCCGAACCCCGGCCACCUGGGCAACGAAGCCUACCGCUUCCGCGGCAUGCUGAAGCAGAUGGCCGGUCACGUGACCUCGGGCCAGGAGCUGAAGCCGCACGAGCUGAACAGCCUGCAGCGGCUGGGCGGCGACUGCACCUCCUACCUGCGCAUGCGGGCGCACGACUGCCUCACCUACACCGGCGUCCUGGAGCUGCUCACAGACGUGGUGAAGACGGGCGGCGUGCCGCAGGUGGGCCAGGACUGCCCCGUCAAGAAGCCCAUAGAGCACCUGCUCCUCAGCGUCGGCAGCGAGCUGUACAAGGCCACGCCCAACCCGGACGAGCUCCUGCCCUACAUCAUCAAGGACCAGCCCAACCUGCCCGUGAUCCACAACGUCACGGUGAAGAUCAGCGGCCAAGCCGCAGGUGGAGAGGAAUGGAAGAGCACGGGCCUGUAUCUUUCUCCCGGAAUGAAGACAUACAUGUCUAUCCCCCCUAAAAUCGUCAAGAAAGGGUGGAAGGUGCAGAUCGGCUGCCAGACGGACUACGUCGGCGGGGCGGCCGUGCUGAAGAGGGCCCCGGUGGUGCACGAGCGGUUCGACGUGGACGCGGAAAUGAUCGAGGUGUCCAACCUGUGGGGCGGCCUCAUCUACCUGGUGACCCCGGCCAAGAGUGACGAGGGAGAGCUGGAGAUCGUGGUGCAGAACGCCAUCGCCGCUCCCUACUACAAAUCCGGGGAGACUACUGUGGAGGACUGGGUGAGGUACAUCCGGGACGCCCCCGCCCCGUGGGCUGAGAUGGAGUUUGAGAACAUCAUCAUUACGAUGCACUCGACGACUGUGAGGGGGGUGGACCAGCCCGACAAGGUGGCGGAGUUGUGGGACAGCAUCAUGAGGGCCGUGGCCGACCUGGCAGCCACGCCCCCCAAGUUUGCACGGAAGGAGCGCUACGUGGCCGACGUGCAAAUCUCGCACGGGUUCAUGCACGCGGGAUAUCCCGUCAUGAUGCACUCCUCCUCGGCCCUUUCCCUGGUCAAUCCCGAACUGGCCCGGUCGAACGGGAUCUGGGGGGCCAUCCACGAGCUGGGCCACAACCAGCAGCGCGGCGGCUGGGAGUUCCCGCCGCACACCACCGAGUGCACCUGCAACCUGUGGUCCAUCUACGUGCACGAGACCGUGCUGGGCAUGAACCGCGCCUCGGCGCACGGCGGCCUGUCGCCCGACGGCCGCAAGUGCCGCAAGGAGGCCUUCCAGAAAGACCCCAACCUGUCCAAGUGGAGCGUCUGGGUCGCGCUGGAGACGUACGUACAGCUCCAGGAAGAGUUUGGCUGGGAUGCCUUCAAGAAGGUCUUCGCUGCCUACCAGACCAUGAAGAACGUGCCCAGGGACAACCCAGGCAAGAUGAACCUGUUUGCCGAGACCUUCUCCCGCACAGUCAACAAGAACCUGGCCCCCUUCUUCAAGGCCUGGGCCUGGCCCAUCCUCCCCGCCACGGAGCAGAAACUGGCGGACCUUCCAGCAUGGACCGACCACCCCAUGAGCAAGCCACCUUCCUGAAGAGAUACCGGGGAGAUACCAAGACGAUUCUCUGCAGAAGAGGUCGACACCCAAAAGCUUAUCGCUGGUUUUGGAGCACUGUGGACGGCUAGUGCUUGAUUGCUCUUGUACUCUUGGACUCUGGACUCUUUUUUCCUCUGUGGUUUUUUUCCCUUUCAUAGACUACUGCGCUACAAGACUUCAUAAGAACUUCCCCUGUCUCAGCAUAUUUGCUUUUUAAUCCAUAUUCCUGCUUUCUGAAAUGUGCACUUAUGCAAUUUAUACAGCAAUUUACAAUCAUCCAUUUUAUUGCUGUGUGCUCAAAUCAUAUUUGCACAGGCUGUUCCCUGUAACUUAGGAUCAUUUAAGAUUAAAUAUUUCAAGAUAUGA